AUGGAAAAACAAAAGAGAUUGUACAGCGAUGUCGUUAUCGUUGGAGCAGGCCUGUCGGGGAUCGACAUGGCAUGCCAGCUCCAACGGCAAUUAUGUGUCAGCGACUACGUGAUUUACGACCGCGCUCGAGAAUUGGGUGGCGCGUGGGCCGCCAACAAAUGUGCCCAGUGGGUAGAGGCAUCUGGUACAUGGCAUGUGUAUCUCUGCAAUUUGAAUACGGAAGAGGAAUUUCUUCACGAAGCCAAAGUGUUGAUCUCCGCUGUUGGGGGUUAUACAAACCCCAAGCUCCCCGCUUUGCCUGGUUUGGAGAAGUUUGAAGGCUCCGUGGUGCAUACUGCCAAGUGGAAUAAGGAGUACGACCUCCGAGGCCUCAAGGUGGCCGUGGUGGGCAACGGAUGCUCUGGCUCACAGGUAGUUCCUGCUGUGAUCGAUGAAGUCAGCAGCCUGACGCAGUUUAUUCGGGUAAUAGUUUCAUUGCAGCGAGCCUGCUCGAUUGAUCCUGACUCUGUACGUUUUUACAACAAUUCCAAAGGAGACAAAUCGAGAGAGGAGAGCGCUUCGCGCAGUCAGAAGUAUAUUACGGAGAACGCCCCUGAGCGAUACCGGCCUUUACUUACACCUGGGUAUGACCUUGGCUGCCGACGAAGGAUACUGGACAAUCACUAUACCCGAUCGCUUCGCAGCCCUAGAAUGAAGCUGGUCAAGGACUCGAUUUCACAAGUCCACUCGAAGAGUGUGGUGACGGGUUCAGGCGACAAAUACCCGGUUGAUUUCAUCAUUCUCGCGACGGGAUUCGAGUUCACUCAAUGGAAGGCCGAUUCAGUGAUAGGCCGGCGAGGAAAGUCGAUGAAACAACUCUGGGAUGAUCGAGGCGGCAUCGGCGCUUACAAAACUGUGGCGAUGAACGAGUUUCCCAACAUGUUCUAUUUACUAGGCCCGAAUUCUGGCAGCGGACACACGUCUGUCCUUUUUGCGAUCGAGUGCUCGGUCAACCUCGCUAUUAGGAUUUCACGUCCUAUACUUCAGCGACAGGCAUCGAUCGUCGAGCAAAACGGUGUUGACGCGCAGCUGUUCCAAUAUCGAGGUAGCUAUGUUAGUGGUGAAGAAGAGGCACAAUUCCCGGUAUAUGAAAAAUACCCUACCAAUCGUGUGGAUCGAGAAGCAGCUUGGCUGUCACCACUCCAGGCUCACGUUGGCCCUUUAAAACAGAAUUUGCCCACUCCCUUGUAA